AUGGGUCGGAAAAAGAUUCAGAUCAGUCGGAUUUUGGAUCAAAGAAACAGGCAGGUUACGUUCACCAAGAGGAAAUUCGGACUGAUGAAGAAGGCCUAUGAACUCAGCGUCUUGUGUGAUUGUGAGAUCGCGCUCAUCAUCUUUAACAGCACCAACCGGCUCUUCCAGUACGCCAGCACGGACAUGGACAAGAUCCUGCUGAAAUACACAGAAUACAGCGAGCCCCACGAGAGUCGCACCAACUCGGAUAUCAUGGAGACCCUAAAACGAAAGGGUGUGGCCCCAAAUAGCCCAGUGACAGAUGUCGAAGUGAUUCCGGAACGUACUGAGAACCCGAGGCAGCCUGCUGAAGGCAUGGGCCUCUCAGCAGGGAGAGCAAAGAUUUACCCAUCAACAUCUCUGCUGAACCUAGACAAUGUGCCCACCAAGAGCGCGAGCGGGACAGCAUGCCCCAGUGAGUCCUCACUACAAGAGAGUCGCCUGCAGCCCUACAGGCCGGCCCUUUCCAAGCACAGUGUCCCUCUGGGGCGUUCCUCAGAAGCCAGUGGGGCAGGUUACAGGUACCCGGUCUUUACUCACCGCUCCCGUGCAGUGAUGCCCAGAUCACCUCCUCCGUUCUACCUGACCACUGACCGUCACAUGGAAGUGCAGCACGCCGGCGGCCGGAACAACAUGGUGCCAGUGCGCUCAUACCCCAGCUAUCAAGGUGUGAAUCCAGUGUUGCCUGCUGGAAACAGAUGCCUCCCAGGACAUGGACUGCCAGGGUUCAACUUCUUCUCCUCCUCCAGCCAGUCAAGUAAGGUCGUGGGCAGGGAGGAAGUAAGGGACUCUUCAGGAGCUGUGGGCCGGAGUGUGGAACAGGCUCCUCUGGCCUCGGGCUCCUCCAACCAACUGAACUCGCUCAUCAGUGUCAAGUCAGAGCGGGCCUCUCCCAAGAGCAUGUUGGUGUCCGCAGCCCCUCCGCUUUCCUCCAGCAUCCGUCCCAGCCCUGGUGAUGUCUCCAUGGACCUCCAACCUCGGGACAAUUAUGUCAAGUCUUAUCAUUACUCGGUUCUUCUUCCCCGAUCUCUGGCUGAGGAACAGAGACAGCCUGUCAUUCCUCCACUUCAGCUCCACCCUCCUAGUGAGGAAUUUCAGAGAUAG